GCACACUGCAAAGCAUUUUCUUCUUGAACUGUUUUCAAACCAUCAUCCGCAACCAAGCCAACUUCAACCGCACUUGUCAUUCAUCAUCUUGACCCAUCGUGCUUGCUCAUCCAACAUCCAUCAAACAACAUCAACAUCAUGACGACCUCUACCAACUUUGGCGCUUUCACCAGCUACCUCAUCGGCAACCAUCAUGUCAACGAGCCUACCAUCAAUCACAUGCCCGCUUCGGUCAAGUCUGCAGGCUCGACCGUGUCGUCGCUGCCUAGAGAGCGCUCCAUUACUCCGAGACAUGUCUUCACCAGUCUCGACGAGGCCCAUCAAGCCAUCACCACCAGAGCCGCAAAACAAGCCGCACACAUUACGGAUAACGGCGCUCACUCUGCCUUGAUCCCUGGCGAGUCAUCUGCUGGCUCUUCUGUCAAUGCCGUCUACUCCAAGUCGACCACCGACGCCGACGAGCAUUCCGCCACCGAGUCCCACCGCUGCCCGACUCAUGAUGGCUUCUCCCGCGGACGUCGCAUCAGUCCUACACACUUGCGUCGCCGUUCAUCCAGUGUUCCUGACUUCAGCACUCGUACCCCUCCCUACCCUGACUGGGAAGAGAUGACUCCGGCUGCUCGCGCCAGUUAUCACGCCGCAAAGGACCCUGUUGACAACAACACUCCUGACAACUCCAUCAACACGCCUCGCGAGACUGGAAGCACCGUCGAAAACAUCGUGGAUCAGUACCUACCUUCGGCCACCAUUGACUCUUCACCCUCAGCCGACGGCCAGCACAACCAAUCCACCAAUGAUGCAAGUGUCCACCACUCUUUGGACAAUGGAGAGACCGUCGAGCCUCCUCAGACCCGAGAAAACAUCACCUCUGUCCCCUUUGGCUGUACUUCAAAGCUUUAUCGCAUUCAUGGAUCCCCUCCUCGGAUUCCUCAGCCGCCAAUCCCUGCAGUCAAUCCCUCAGUGAUCCGUGCCAACCUCCCAGAGGACCAUACCAGCACCCCAGAGUGUCAUAACAACAUCUUCCGGGAACACUCAUGGUCAACCAUGUCAACCGCGAGCUCUGUCGACAUCAAAAACCUUCUCGAUAAUUGCGACGAAAACAAUGUCGGGACAUUUGCGACUUCCAGGAAGGGCAACCAUUACGUCGAAGCCAGCCGCCACGAGUCAAACAACAACCAAGCGGCUCGUGAGACUACCACCGGCAGUGGCGCGUUGCCCAACGCAGCCUUUUCGACAGGCGGUCUUACAACAGACUCUGACGACGAUCCAUUCAAGUACGACCGCGGAUCAUACACGGUCUUCCUCCAGCCAUCUCGGGAAAGAGAAGUCAGUGCUGCGCUUCACCGUGUCAGUGGCGUCAGCACCACUUGUACCAACAAGACUGACCAAACCGGCCAUGCAUCAGCCACGCGUGGCCCAGUUGGCUCUGCGGAACCUCCUAUGCCGCCUUCAAAUGGGCUCACAUAUUACAACUCCGUUCAGAGAGAUAACAACAUUCCCAACAAGCGUAUCAUGAAGAAACUCGAUCUAAGAUCUUAUCCCGCCCAACACCUUGCAUGGGACGACGAGUUUGAUGAAGAGUUUGACGAGAACCUCGAUGCUGUUAAGACCGACGGAGGUGAUUGGGAGACAGUCGGAUCAAACCUCGAUGCUGUUAAGAGUGAUGGAGGGGAGUGGGAGACAGUCGGUUCCAGUGUUGGCCAGUUCAACAGCCAUCGAGCUUAUGCGUCCGGGACUGGCUUCGGCAAUCAUUUCGGCUUAAGGACCACAGGAAGCAGCAUUGCAGACUACUCUGACGCCUCAAGCCUCGCUGAAACCUUUGGCGCUUUUGCAUCAACCGAAAAGAUCAUGCAACACCCGAUGAACGGGAAGUACGACAACUACGUCAUUCGGACACUCAAGGGUGAUAACCGCCCAGUCUUUCUUCCCCAACCAAGGAUCCAUCGAGUUAACGGCUAUCCCCAAGAUUCAUGCCGACUAUUUGACCAAGCCACGGCAUCAAGCAGCCAGGGCUCAUCUACAAGAGCAUACUUGGCCGAGAAACUCACUGCCCCGUUCCGCUCUCUGACCUUCAACAAGAACAUCGAUAGGAGACAUCCCUAUGGGAGCAAUCAAUCUGGCCCUGACAGCGACAAGCAACGAAGAGACCAUGGCUUGGAAAUAGCUAAACUCCCACCGCAAACUCCCCGAGCCCACGAUUCUCUUCAAGCCGAUAAAUCGUUCGGCCCGGAAUCGCCAGUUCAAUUCAGCUUCCCAUUGAUCCCCUUGGAAGAGGCCGCGAGGCUGCAGGCGAUGAAGCGACGAAGCGACGCGAAUGACCACACCUUUCAGAGCAGUACUCGGACACGAAAGGACAGUCUUGUAUCUUGCAUUUCCUGGAAGGCAUCCAACAAACUGACGAAGAGAGUGGCGCCCUCCACUCCGCAUACCCUGCCGAGAAAGCCAUUGCCCACUCACUGUCACGAGCCUGUCUCCAACCACCGCCUCUCAAUCCGUAUGUAUGACCCUGGCUCGACAUAUCAGUUCCAUGUGCUAACAUUUUUGCAGAAAACCAAGUUACCAGCAAGGGGCGGAAGGCAACUCGUUUGUCAACCUUGAGCAGCGCUAGCCCACCAGCCCCUGGUAGACCAGUGUUCCCGCGGUCUUGCCGAAACCCUUUCAGCUCUGCCCACGGCUCAACACGGAGUGGCUCGAGCUACAGAUGUUCAUGGGGCAUUCCCUUCGAGCGUCCUCAC